AAUUACGUACGCUGAAUUUGCACAAAUUGGGGUAGAUAUUUGUGAACGUGGUCGUGAAAUUUAAAUUUGGCGCGCCGUACGGAUCAGGCGCGGUUAGCUCAAUAGCGGAAAUCAACCAUCUUCCCUUUGUAUGUACCGGUUGUGAGCACAUGUGCUUGCUGUAAUUACAAAGUUUUAACCAACUCAUUGUUUAUCGACGUGUCAUAAUAGUUUAAGUAUGAAUACCGAAAAGUUAAAGAAAUUACAAGCACAAGUCAGAAUUGGUGGUAAAGGCACACCGAGGCGCAAAAAGAAGGUGGUGCAUUCGACACAAGCGACAGAUGACAAAAAACUGCAAUCCUCCCUUAAGAAGUUAGCUGUAAAUACGAUACCAGGAAUCGAGGAAGUGAAUAUGAUUAAGGACGACGGCACCGUCAUACAUUUUAAUAACCCCAAAGCUCAAGCGUCAUUAGCAGCGAACACAUUUGCAAUUACGGGACACGGCGAAACCAAACAAAUCACAGAGAUGCUGCCCGGCAUUCUCAGUCAGCUCGGCCCCGAAGGUUUGAAUCAGUUGAAGCGUUUAGCUAAUACCGUUGCCAAUGCGGGUGUUGGUAAAAUCUUGCCGGAGGACGAGGAGGACGUACCAGAUCUAGUCGAGAAUUUCGACGAGGCUUCCAAGGCGGAGGUGGGCAAAAAGAAAGAAGACGGCAAACCGAAGGAUAAGAAGCAAGAUUAACUUUUUCCGCCUGUAUUUAGUGUGUGGUAAAUUUAAAUUCCGAGAUUCGGCGUCAUUAUUUAUAAUAUUAAUUGGCUAUAGCAAUCUCUAUCCACCACCAAAUGUUAAAGAACUUUUUUCAUUACUUAUUGUUAAAAUCUGUAUUACGAUUUUGGUUCCGAUAGAGUGUUUGAUAGGAAAUAUAAUAUUCUAAUAGUGUU